GGGCCGGCGGCCAUGUUAAAGCUCCGCCUUUCCGCCAGCGCCGCGAGCGUCCUCGCUGCUGUCGCCCGAGGAGAAGAAUGGCAUUGAAACAGAUUUCCAGCAACAAGUGCUUUGGAGGGUUGCAGAAAGUAUUUGAACAUGACAGUGUUGAACUGAAGUGCAAAAUGAAAUUUGCUAUCUACUUGCCACCAAAGGCAGAAACUGCAAAAUGCCCUGCACUAUAUUGGCUCUCUGGUUUAACUUGCACAGAACAAAAUUUUAUAUCAAAAUCUGGUUAUCAUCAAGCUGCCUCAGAACAUGGCCUUGUUGUCAUUGCUCCAGAUACCAGCCCCCGUGGCUGCAAUAUUAAAGGAGAAGAUGAGAGCUGGGACUUUGGUACGGGUGCUGGUUUUUAUGUGGAUGCGACUGAAAAUCCAUGGAAAACUAACUACAGAAUGUAUUCUUACGUAACAGAGGAGCUUCCCCAGCUCAUAAAUGCCAAUUUUCCAGUGGAUCCCCAAAGGAUGUCCAUUUUUGGCCACUCAAUGGGAGGCCAUGGAGCUCUGAUUUGUACUUUGAAGAAUCCUGGAAAAUAUAAAUCUGUGUCAGCAUUUGCUCCAAUUUGUAAUCCAGUGCUGUGUCCUUGGGGCAAAAAAGCCUUUGGUGGAUACUUGGGAACAGAUCAAAGUAAAUGGAAGAGUUACGAUGCUACCCAUCUUGUGACUUCUUAUCCAGAUUCUCAGCUGGACAUACUAAUUGACCAAGGAAAAGAUGACCAGUUUCUUUCAGAUGGACAGUUAUUACCUGAUAAUUUCAUAGCAGCCUGCACAGAAAAGAAAAUUCCUGUGGUUUUUAGAUUACAAGAGGGUUAUGAUCAUAGCUACUACUUCAUUUCAACCUUUAUUAAUGAUCACAUCAGACAUCAUGCAAAAUAUCUGAAUGCAUGAAAAGCUUCAUAUAAGAGAAUCUCCUCAGAAUUCUAAAAAUGGUAAUAGAAGUGCAAGGAAAAAUAUUUCAAAACAUUUGAUUUUAUAAUUCUAAAAAUGUUUCAUCUUCAGAAAUCAAUUUGUAAAACCUUCUGUAUUAAGCUAUUUUACAGAUGUUCACAUCAGAAAUCUUUAAUAUUUUACAGCUUUUUUCAAGGUAAUAUGGAAAUUAGUAUAAUAUUAACUUCAGGCUACAGAAUUUGAAUGUAAUACUCAAACCACACAAUAAGAUUUGAUGCAAUUUGCUUAAACUUCCCACCUUUUCAGAGUUUAAGCCUCUAAAGACAUGUGCAUAGACUGUUUCUAUCAUGUUCAUCAUUCUAUCUCUAAUGUCUAGCAACUGCUUGGCUCUUAGGCAUUAAUUUUUAGUUAUGACUAAGGAAGGCUGCAGAAUGAUUAUGUGAUUUUCCCAUUGUUACAGUUAUUCCUCAUAUAGCUAAGAAUUGAAUCAGAUUUCUAAAACCCAAUCCAAUGAUUUUUUUUUUUACCUAUUAAACCAAAGAGAUAUGAUUACUUUAGAUUUUGGGAGCUUCAAGAGAUAAUAAAAUUCAUUCUGAAAGUAGCUACAUGAUAAAGCAUGCAAAUUCCGUGUUUCUAUUUAACAGAUACUUUGCCUUAUUUAUGUGCAGAAAUUUUCGUGUGGCAUGAUCAUCAAGAAAAAGUAAUGUCUUUUGUAAAUUCCAGAUUGUUUCUUUAAGAACUUGAUGGACAAAUUUAUGAAACAUAAUAGGUGGAGUUGGUUUGCUUUCAAAGAAAACAACCAGAUUUUUUCUGAUAAAGAAUACAAAGGUCAUAUAUUUUAAACAUCCAAAAAGAAUGCAUAUAGCAUUGUAAUUGAAGAUAAGGUACUUAAAAUUUCUAAAGUGAAUACUAUGUAAAAAUGAUUAUAUUUUAAUAAACAUUUAUAAAAAGAUAGUAUUAAAAAUUAGAACUAAAGUGUCAGUAGUCCAAAUUGAACUGUUGGUGAGCUCCACACAAAAUGGUCCUAGACUAACAGUCUGUGUUUUAUGAAAAAAAAUUGUUUCUUUUUUUGUUUAUGUUGGUAAUUAUUUCAUGAAGAAAAGCAGUUGUGUGGCCAUAAAAUCAUUGUACUAUUUGAGCAUUUAAUCAGAGAAAAUGAACUAGCAGGAGAUUGAAACCUUAGAUUUGUUAUCAGAUUGACUUAUGUGGUACUUGGGGGUUAGCGAUGGGAGUCCAGAAUCCAUAGGACAGAUCAUAGGGAAGGGAAGUUCACAAGCUGGUUGCAACUUCAGGGGCAUAAGCUAAGAUCAUUUUCCAUAAGACAGUUUUUUUUUUUCCUCUUGGGGAAUAUUCAAUCUUGCUUUGUAAACCCUCUUAACUCACUGAGGCCAUCUCCAAAAUUCUUCAUAGAAACUCUUACAUUAGUAUAUGAUUCAAUGGCUGUAAACUGUAAUAAUUGUAAUCAAUUGCUUAUAAGAAAAUGGUUGCUUUAUGGAGCUGGAAAGAUAGUAUAGUAGGCAAGGCUCUUGCCCUGCAGGCAGCCAAUCCAGGUUCAAUACCUGGUAUCCAUUAUGGUCCCUGGAGCCCCACCAUGAGUGAUCCUUAGAGUACAGAGCUAGAUGUAAAGCCCUGAAUACCACCUGCAGAAACAAAAAAUAGUUGCUUUGCCUUUUUUUAAGUUAAAUGCACAAACAUGUUACUAUUCAAUAAAUAACUACUGACAUAGCCAGUUAUAACUGUAAGAAUGACAAAUGCUGAGGCCUGCCUUGCAAGCAUAUAAUCAUGAGCUCAGAUUUCCAGUGUGACAAGCCCAAUCCAGAAGAUCUGCUGUUUGAGCCUGGUAGCUCUGCUGUCUGUGAUCACUGGUAACUCAAGUGAUUUCUUUCCACACCACAGACAGGUGUAUGUAACAUCACAAAAGUGGGUGCAAACUGUAAAAGAUAUACAUGCACCACAUCCAGAAAGUACAACUCCUGACAAGCACUUGUGUGAACACCGCAGUGAUACCCAGCAAGCACCACAAUGAUAACUUGUGUACCUCAAUGAAGAGAACACUAGUGAGCACCCAAGCUAAAAUGUGUGAGCGUGUGAAACCCAGUCAUAAAAACAGCAGUGUUUUGAGUGAAGGGAAGGGAAUUUUUAAAAAUUAAAGAAUAAAGGCAGAUACUUUUAGAUUGGAGUGAUAGCACAGCGGGUAGGGCGUUUGCCUUGCACAGGGCCGACCUGGAUUCAAUUCCUCCGUCCCUCUCAGAGAGCCCGGCAAGCUACCGAGAGUAUCCCGCCUGCACAGCAGAGUUUGGCAAGCUACCCGUGGCAUAUUUGAUAUGCCAGAAACAGUAACAAGUCUCACAAUGGAGACAUUACUGGUGCCUGCUCGAGCAAAUUGAUGAACAACGGGACGACAGUGCUCUAGUGCUACUUUUAGAUUAUAACAGACCACUGAGAAUAUAUAGAAAACCAGAACAUUUGAGCUUGCUUUUAUGUAUUGCAACUGUGGGCUGGGGAAAUAUAAAGUCUUAUGUAUGUCAAAAUGUAAAAUGUUUUCUCUGGCCCUGAAUUUUAGUAUUGAGAAUAUCAAGUAAGGGGUGGGAACAAUGAGAAUAGAUUGAAUGUAACAAAAAGUCAAGGGUCUUGGGUAUUUUGGUUUCAUCAGGGUAUACAUUGAAACUAUAAUCGCUAACAGUAUUGUAAACAUGUGAUCCAAACUAUGAUUUUUUUUUAAAUGAGUUACCAAAGGGAUGGGGAAAGAACCCUAAACAUGAUUGGUGAGGGGACACUGACACUAUUUGUGGAUAUGGAAUUGGGAGAUUGUAUGCCUGAAACUGAAACAGUAUUGUAAAUCAUGAUGCCUAAAUAAAAAUUGGAAAGAAAUGUUUCUACUAAGAAAAAAUUAUUUCUCAAAGU